ACCCAGCCUGGCUGCAGGCGCUCGGCGUUCGGCUGGCCGGGACUGGCGCGGUGGCGGACGCCAUGCGGACUCCGCGGCCUUGCGGCGUCUGCGGGGCGGCCGGCGCGGCCAAGUACCGCUGCCCGCGCUGCGCCGCCGCCUACUGCUCGGUGCCGUGCUGCAGGACCCACAAGGAGCGAUGCGCGCCGGAGCCGCAGCGGGAGCGUUCGGCGGCCGGACAGGCUCUCCCCGGCGGGGCGAAGGGCGCCGGGCAGGCGGCAGGCGGAGCCUGGUCGGUGGAGGACAUCCUGAGGGAAGGCGAGGAGCAGGACCGCGUCCCGCUGCAGAAACUCCAGCUUUUAGCGGAAUCGGAAGAACUGAGAGGCUUGCUUCUGAAUCCACAUCUCAGGCAGCUACUGCUGACCAUCGAUCAAGCAGAAGACAAAAGCUCCCUCAUGAAGAAGUACAUGCAGGAGCCGUUAUUUGUUGAGUUUGCAGACUGCUGUUUGAGAAUUGUUGAACCUCCGGAGAAGGAGAACAUUCUUCCUGAGUGA